CGAUUGUGCGACCGUCCCGUCGCGCUGGAUCUCUCCCAUACGUGAUAUGGGAUGUACGAGCAGCAGCAAGAGUAAAACGAACGGAAAACUUACGGCGGAGGAAGGAGCGGAUUUGCUCGACACCUAUAUGAGACUGGACAGGGACAUUUUCAGGGAAGAGCGAAGUCCUCCUGCUCCGGCUUUAGGCCAUGCAAUGGUGAAGUUGGACAGGCUCACAACACAAUUGGAUUUGGCAAUGAUGGACGCGUCGUUAGACCAUGAUGAACACCACAUAGCCGUACCAGGAACUGUCCCUGAGAUUGACACGACUCGGCUGGAAAACUACGACGAUUCAAUAAGGAGAGUCCUACAUGAGCUUUCUUUGAAUAGGAUGCCAGACCAGGCGAUGGAACACGAGGAAUUCAUAUCCACUUUGAAUCGAAAGGCUAUGAAGCAACACCGUAUUUUCUGGUUGAACAGGAGAAAACAAGAUGCCCAAGAUGAGGUGACGAGGUUGUCCGAACGGGUUCAACAUCUUCAAAAUCUCUACCAACACCACGACACUCUUACAAACAGUGUAGGCUCUCCGAAAUCCGAGCUUAGAGGUGAAGCGGACCGUCUGCGGAGCUACAGGGACACUCUUUACUCCGGGGAACUCUCCUGGAAGGAAGCAGGACGUCUCGUCCAAGCUGCUGCCACACUGGGGAGGUCAGGGGUCGACAGCUGGUCAGAACUUCAGGACACACUAAAUACAGACUCCAGAUGGACGCUGGCACAGGCGGCAAGAAAUUGCAUCCAUGAGGCUCUGCUCUGCAUUAACGCAGGACAGGCCGUACUUCCGGGCGUACAGUUUCCCUAUUGCUCACAGAGGGAAAUUCAAACUGUCCACCAGGUUCUUGAAUACCUUUAUACGGACAUGCAGAUACCGGAACGGUACAAGCACGCUGCCAAUGUCUACAGCAGCUUUCAGAAACGUACCUCUGCCCUUUACCAAUGGAUCAACAAGAUGGUCGAAGAGACGAUACACAAAGACUUGGUCGACGUUGAUCAAAAAUUGGCAGAAAUAACGAGAAAUAUGACGAAUCAAACUGUGAACAACAUUCGCCAAAUGGCCGGUCUGGGCGGAGUGAAGGACGAUGAAAGUCUAACGGCAAGGAUGAGGGACUUGGAUAGAAAAUUGUUGACGAAUUCCGUAAUUAACAACACAAUUGUGUUCAGGCACGAUCCCCUCCGGCCUAUUCUUCACUGACAUUUAAAACAACCGAAAGCCAAUAAUUUGGGUCGUGGACGUUUUGGAUUGACUUAAUUUGAUAGGCAAUACAAAAAUUCUGACCCUCAAAAUUUAGCCACACUCGUAAAAUUUUGGUCACGUCACUGACGUAACAGAAAACUUGAACCUUCUGUUGAUACGAAGAGUCAGUAUUUUUUCUAAAAAAACGAGACCAAAUAAACUUAUUUUGAGCUUAAAAAUAUAAAUAAAUAAGAAUUAAAUAGUAUUUGAACGAAAUCAAAUAAAAUUAUUUAAGAAUAUGAUCUAGAGAGAGACUGAUCAGUCUGAUAGUUAAGUGGUUUUAUCUUCUUAAAUAUUCCCCAGCCUUUCAUCCCUGUGUAUAUAUACUUUUUUUCAAUUAUUUAAAUUAAUGUUUAAAGUUGAAGUAAAUUAUGUUUGACAAUAAAUUGGGUUGUUGUUUGUUCUGGAAAUUGUUUUUAGCUGUUAAAAUACUUAAAGUUAUAUUUUGUGAUGGUUUAUAAGUUUGGUAUAGAGUUCAGUUUAAAUUUUUAAAUGUUGUUGUACUUCCGGAUCCGAGGUAGACGAGAGAGAGAGAGAGAGAGUUAACGCGUCAUGCUCUCGGUUUGUAAACCCGCGGUCGUGGGUUCUAUUCCCAACGUUGCCACUGGAAUUUCCGACCUUGACCCAUCUUUCGAAAAUUAUAACUUCUUCGCACAAAUAAAAAAAAAAAAAAAUGUGUAUUACUGCAAAGUUGUAAACCUAUAAAAGGACCCAAUGGUAUAAUAAAGCACAGACCAACCACUGGAGAUGGCGUUAUUUCGUAACUCGAGAAGAUCGAUGUUUGAAUUCAUCACCACGCACACUUCAGCACAAUAUUUCACCAAAAACAUCAAAUAUUAAAAAUUCUCAAAAUUUGCCUGAUUUGAAACAAUCUUUGAAUUUUUACGUACUUUUUUUUGUGUUACGCUUUUAGGUUGUACAUAUUCUAUACGUAACCAAUAACAAAUGCCAUCGGUUUUAAGUAAAAUAUUUUAAAAGAAAACGCCUGACUCCGAUAUCUUAUCGAAAAAAUUGGGCCAAGAAAUCGUGUCAGUUUUGAUAACUGACUUGUUCAUUUGUUAAAACACACAGAAUCUUCAUAUUUCAAUUAUUUUUAUUCAAUUAAUUAAGGUUUUGAUAGAGAUAAAAAGUCAGUGUCAC